AUGGAGCCCCCCCGCGAGUGCCGGCAGGAGACCCCAGCCAUCAGGGAGGCAGCCGCCGAGUUCCUGAGCCUCAUCGGGCCGGAGGAGCUGGAGCGCUGCCUGUUCGCCGAGACGCUGGCGGUGGUGGCCGCGGAGGGACAGGCGGCGGGGCAGCGGUGGGCGGCAGCCCGGUGGGCGCCCUACGAGCGGGAGGGCGCGCCGGCACGGCGCUGCCUGCUGGUGCAGGCCGGCUCCCGCAGCAGGCGGCACGGCGUGCCCGCCUCCAGCACGCUCAAAGCCUAUGUGACCCUGCAGCUGGAGACCCUGGAGCAGGAGGAGCAGGAGCGCCUGGAGCUCAGAGCACACCCCAUAGUGAGAAGGACCCACAUGGUGAGCCACCAGCAUGGGAUGACUGUCACAAAGACCUUCCAGGAAGGAAAGGCAGAGCCACACUGCUGGAGCUUCUCCUACAGCUGGGCCGAGCUGCAGGGGCUGGUGCUGGAGGGGGCCAACCUGCUGCUGCUGCGGGUGAUGGCGUGCCGACAGAUAGUGCCUCCUGGUCUCGUCUUCCCGACCAUUGACACCGAGGGCCACCUCUGCACCUCCAGCUACUGCCCCCUGGGCAUCCAGCAGCAGGCAGUGGGCUCAGCGGAGGCAGAGGUGUUUGUGAUCAAGCGAGCUGUGCACACCAGCACUGGCGUCUCCACCAUCUGGCACAGCAGCUUCCUCCCCAGCGGGCGUUUGGCCCAGAUGGAGCAGGUCGGCUGCCCGAUGCUGGUGCUUCUGCAAGAUGAGUCUGUCCUUGGCAAGACAGAUGGGGUCGAGCCUCAGCCCCCCUUCCCCAAACAGCCCCUGGACUGGGAGGAGGACAUCCAGCUCUGGUCCUGGUUCAUGGACAGGAAGGAGGAGCUGCAAGCGUCCCAUGCCGCCUAUGUCCAGCAGCACCCUGAGCUCCGGGCACUGCUGUCUGACUUCCUCCAGGCCCUGCUCCUCCAGCAGCCCUGUGACCCCAUCUCCUUCGCUGCCCAAUUCUUCGCCCACCAGCAGCGCCCCAGGACCCCCUUCACCUCUACUGGGGCUGCCAGCCCCAGCCCCCCACCUCACUGCCCCCUGGCUAACAGGGAAUAA